CUAUUUCCUCCCGAAUUUAAAAUUUAGGAUUUCAAAUCCAAUCUCAAGAUUAUUAUAUUAUUUUAGAUUAAUCUCAUAAAUAACUAUCAUAUUUGUUAUAUAUCUGAAUAAUAUGAGUACAUCGAAUAGUACUCUAGUUUUCAAACUGAGAAGGGGCCAGGAAAAUAAUGAUUCCAAUGCUGAGGGUGAUGAACAGGACAUUCAUUCACAAGAAGAUGAGGAUACAAAAACGUUAUUAAGCAUUUUAUGUAAGCAUGGUAAAGUAGGAGCAGCUUGUUAUAAUUUUCAAGAAAAACAGCUUUAUGUGUAUGAAGAGUUUUUGGAUAUAUUCCCAAGAUGUUUAGCAACUAUUCAUUUACUUCGUGAAAUCAAUCCUUCGUUCAUCUUGAGUACAGGAAGUAUCAAGGAUGAAUUCAUUAGAAUUUUGAGGGACAUAUUCACCAAUAGAUCAGAUACAACUGUAACCUCAGAUAGCGUUUGUUCUUUACCAGCAAAUUUUUUUCUGGUAUCUCCUAAGGAGUAUUCUUAUGAAAUAUGCAAAUCGAUAAUUUCUCAGAUUAAAUUACCUUCAAUUGAAGACGAUCCCUCUGAAGUUAGAAGAGAAUUAACUAUACAUUCUCUCAUCGAUUUUGACAAUCGGAUGUCUGUACAGGCAGCCGGAACUCUCGUGAAAUAUUUGGAAAAAAAUUGGACAUAUUUUGGAAUGAUCAACGAUGAUUUGAAAUGCCUUUCCAUAACUCAGAUUUCUAGGAAGCAUCAUCUUCUAAUAGAUAAUCCGACAUUUGAAGCAUUGCAAAUUUUUUCUAAACGUGGUCAUGAUGCUAGCUUCAAGCGAGGUUUACCAUCGAGCACCAGAGAAGGUCUGAGUAUAUACAAAUUAUUUUCACACAAUUGCAAAUCUAAAAAUGGACUGAUAUCAUUGAGGAAUAUAUUAUUCAACCCAACGAACGACAGAAAUGUUCUUGAAAAACGUCAAGAUUUCAUCAGUUUCGUGCUCCAGCCUUGCAAUGAAGAAUUCAUCGCUAGUUUGCGUGAUAAUAUGAAAGGAAUUGGAGGAGACAUAAACAUGAUAUUGUCUAAAAUAGAGAACUCCAGGGCAAAUAGCAGAGAUUGGAACGUGUUAUACAAGGCAAUUUAUCAUACAAUUUUCAUCAGUGAUCUCUGUGCUCCGUACAAAGAUCAGUCAUGUUUGCUGAUGGAUUUGAGCAAGGCAAUAUCUCAAGAACUGCUAGGUCUAGAACAAUCUAUCGAAAAUGGCAUCGAUUUCACUGUCAGUCAAAAGCGGGGACGGCCCAUCAUUAGAUUCGGAUUGGACGAAGUCCUGGAUGCUAAGAAAUUGCGACAACAGGAUAUCGCCAAAGACAUUACGGCAGCUGCACGAUUCGCUGCGAACAAUCUCCCCGAAUUUUUGGAUGAGUGUGCUGUGAUUUAUUUGCCUGAAAUGGGCCAUCUGAUUGGAGUCAAGGAAUGGAGUCAAGGGUGCGCACCGGAAGAUUUGGAACACUUGGGAUUCAAUUUCAUGUUCACUAUUGGGGGGACAAUCCACUAUAAGAAUCCCAUGUGUUUUGAGCUGGAUAAAAGACUGGGCGACAUAAAUGCAGAGAUAAUAGACCACGAAAACAGAAUAUUACGAAGAUUAUCUGGUUUCAUACUGAAAUAUAACAAAGACAUCAGAGAACCUAUAAAAAUAAUUGGAUUGAUGGACUGCUUGAUAUCGAUGGCCCUCACUGCCUCGCAAAACAUGUACAUCAGACCAACGUUGAACCAGCAAAACUAUUUCGAAAUCCAAAACAGCAGACACCCCCUGAUGGAACACCUCAUCGGCCAAAUACAAUCAAACAAUUUCUAUUCGGGCGGCAAAUACAGCCGAAUGAAGAUAAUAACAGGCCCGAACGGCAGCGGCAAAAGCAUGUAUCUGAAACAGAUCGCUCUGGUGAUGUUUCUGGCCCACGUCGGGUCCUUCGUUCCUGCCGAGGCUGCCAACAUCGGGAUGCUGAAGAGCAUCCAUUCGAGGCUGCAAACUACCGAAUCGGCAUCAGUGCGACUGUCAGCUUUCAUGAUUGACAUUUCCCAGAUGACUAGUGCUCUAAAUAAUAUCCAACCGUGUUCGCUAAUUCUGAUGGACGAAUUUGGAAAGGGCACUACAGAAGUCGAUGGAGUGUGCCUGUUAGCAGGACUUUUGCGAUACUUCCUUGAUAGGAUGGACGGUUGUCCUCAUAUUUUGGUCGCCACACAUUUCCAACAAAUCGUUUCCCAUUUACCGAAAACGCCUUUGAUUCUGUAUCAGAAAAUGGAACAUAGAAAAGAGACCGGGGGACUAUGCUUUCUCUUCAGAUUAGUGGAAGGCAUUUCUGAGAGUUUUGCCAUUGACGUUGCUGAGGCUUGUGGUAUUGACAUACAUAUAAUAAGGAGAGCACGAGAAAUCAUGGAGAGUUUACAGCAUGGGAAGAUUCUUCGUCCUUUGGAACAUAACAGAAGAAACAAUUUCAAUCCAGAUAACUUACAUCAACUGAAUAUUCCUGAACCAGAUGAAUAAAUUUAUUUUUAAUUAUAUAUUACACUUAAGGGUUCAAGAAUGAAUCAAAUUGAAGAACAAAACAGUUGCUCAAAAAUAUUGUUAUAAAUUAAAAAUGUUUAUGUUUGUAGGGUUAAAAUAAUUAAAAAUGAACUUAAAAGGUAUUCUUGUCAAAUAAAAAUAUACUCAGCUUUCCUCAGGAUCAUAUUUAUGCAACCGCAAUCUCCACUGUUUGACCAAUCCAUCCCAGCCUCUUCUAGAAUACUUCACGAAUUUAUUUGGCGUCUGAGGAUCAUCUUGUGUCCUUUCCGUCC